AUGCUUGAUGUUUGGAAUAAUUACUCAAUCGAUGGUGAUCAAUUGCAGUGGCUUGUUUGCGCCCUUUACGAGUGCUGUCGACGGCCAAGUGUUGAAGGAAUGACUGAACACGUUGAUAAUAUUUAUAUUUCUCUCACACGACUUCUUUCAGCUGCUAAAAUGAGUAUGGUCCAGAUAAGAAAAUGGGCAGAUAUGGUCGAAAUGUCAGAUGAUAUGCGUGACAGAAUAGAGCGACUUGAGCGACAAUUUGCAGUUUCUUCUGUCAUUUUCCGUAAUUUUGGUCGUGCUUUCUCCUUAAUAAUUAAUGUCGUAAAUCCUAUUCAUGAAGAUCCUCUCUCUCCCACUGCUCUCGACCUUUUUCGAUUUACUUGGGUGACCUUUGUCAAAGUUCGAGCCAAUUUUCCCGCAGUAACCGAUGAUUUGGUUAAUUCUUAUCAUCUUCUUGCUUGCCUUUUGGAUUGGAUUUUGGGAAUUGCUAUGCUCACCCAAUUGAGGCGUGAUUUAAUAAAUCUGGAAUUUCGUGGUCUCCCUAAAGAUUUUGUACUUGCUGUUGCAUCUAAAAGGCCAUGGCAGCCUUCGUUGUCUUGUUCAUCACUGUCUCAAGAUGGAUUUGUAACUCUUCCUUGUCUAUUACGAUAUAUUUGUGAGGACAAUGAUGUAAAUUAUGUGGAAUGCAAGACCGUAAAAGAGCAUUUUUUUCGACCAUACAUGUAUCGUCUUGUCGAAAAGGAUCUACGCACCGAGGGUCUCCAGAGUCUUUUUUCUUCGCCGGAAACAUUUGAGGCGGUAUUUCAGACCUUAAAUAAUCAUUAUGAAGAAUACAUAAUUGGAACUGGGGACUUUGAUGAACGUAUUUAUCUUAGCCCAAAUGCUGCCGAAGAAAUUGGUUCCAUUAGACGACAUUCCGAGAGACGUCUUCCUAGCAAACAUCUGAUGGACCCAAUUGCACGAGCCCUAUCGACAUACACUGCCUUCGGUGACUUAUGGUACUCUGACAUUGCCUCUGAUUGCGUCACUGGUCGUCUAAAUGGUAAUGCUAAUUUCAAAAAUGCCGAAGUUCGAAGUCAGAAUCUCCACCAACUUCACACCAUGUUGCUUGGUCGAUUAAAUGGGCCAAGUGAGGCGCUUACUUCUCUACUGGAAGCUCAUUGUUCGUCAGCGGCUUCCAUGAUCAACGAGCUAGCCGAACGUCUUAAGGGCAUGUCUAAUGAAUUCGUGCACGCCUAUUCUGCCAGCACGCCUGCAGGCACCAGUGGUAACUGCGCUUCAGCAGUUGGUGACACUUUGGCAUCUGGGACAGGUGGUCCUGUUUCUACUAUGAGAAGCGAAACCGGUGAAAGCAAUAUUGGGGAGCCCGAUGCUGCUGACUUACUUCCUAGUGCAUCUAUCAUCGCUCUGUUGACUACAGCCGCAGAACAGCGAGUCCAACUGGCCCAAACGCUUUAUUGGGCUGGCAUGGAGGCGAUCCUGGUAGACGAGAUGAAGCGCCUCGAACGAAAAGCAGGAUCAGGAGGAACAGCCAUCUCUAAUAGCGGAAGUGGGGGUGCUAUGACUAUGGAACAGGACAGAAAGCCCAAUUUCACUGGCUGUGGUAUUAUGGGUGAGGUGUUCACGAUAUGA